AUGAGCUUCAAACGCGAUAAAAAGGAGGAAGAGGACAGCGGCGGGAACCCAUACCAGAACUUGGACAAGACAAUAAUCCUGCAAGAAGCGAGAUAUUUCAACCAAUCUCCUGUGAAUCCUCGAAAAUGUUGCCUUAUUUUGACGAAAAUCCUGUAUUUACUGAACCAAGGAGAGCAGAAGUUCACUACACAGGAAGCUACAGAGGCAUUCUUCGCUACAACAAAGCUGUUCCAGUCAAAAGAUGUGAUGUUACGGCGUAUGGUGUAUUUAUGUAUCAAGGAGUUGAGUACGUUGGCUCAAGAUGUGAUCAUAGUGACUUCUUCGCUAACCAAAGACAUGACUGGAAAGGAGGAUUUGUACCGAGCGGCUGCUAUUAGAGCCUUGUGCAGUAUAACUGAUAGUACGAUGCUGCAAGCCAUCGAAAGGUACAUGAAACAAGCAAUUGUUGAUAAGAACUCCGCCGUUAGCUCUGCGGCGCUGGUUUCCGCUCUCCAUCUAUCGUCGACGGCCCCAGACUUAGUCCGUCGAUGGGCUAAUGAAGCUCAGGAAGCCAUCAGUUCCGAGAACGCAAUGGUCUCCUACCACGCUCUGGGUGUUGUCGCUGGCUCCAGAAAGAACGACAAGUUAUCAACUGUGAAACUAGUCACGCGGUUGGCUAGGUCUCCCUUAAAGUCCCCCUACGCACUAUGCCUCCUCAUCCGUUUAGCAGCUCAGUUAGUUGAUGAUGAUGAUUCCGAUGCAGCACAACCCUAUAUCGAGUUUAUUGAGUGCUGUCUCCGUCAUAAGUCAGAGAUGGUCAUCUAUGAAGCUGCCCAUGCUAUUGUCAAUUUAAGGAAGACGGCAAGAGAUCUCGCUCCAGCUGUCUCAGUCUUGCAACUGUUCUGCGGUUCUUCUAAAGCGUCUCUAAGGCUCGCUGGAGCAAGGACCCUCGCGAGGUUAACAGCCAAACACCCAACUGCAGUUGCAGCAUGUGCAGUUGACCUUGAGAAUCUCAUCUCUGACCCUAAUCGCUCCGUAGCCACUCUAGCAGUGACUACGUUGCUAGCAACGGGCGCUGAGAGCUCGGUCGACAGACUGAUGAAGCAAAUAUCCAGUUUUGUCUCCGAAAUAUCGGAUGAGUUCAAAAUUGUCGUCGUCCGAGCUAUCCGGCGUUUGUGCACGAAGUUCCCGAGAAAGCAUCAGUCGCUGGCUGCUUUCUUGGCUGGUAUGUUACGUGAUGAAGGUGGUCUAGAAUACAAGGCAGCUAUUGCUGACGCUAUCAUAGCUUUAGUUGAAGAAAAUGCUGAAGCGAAGGAGACAGGUCUUGCUCACCUCUGCGAGUUCAUUGAAGAUUGUGAGCACACGGCUUUGGCUGUUCGCAUCCUACAUUUACUUGGACGAGAAGGGCCAAAAUCCCGUCAACCGUCACGGUACAUACGAUUUAUCUACAACCGUGUGAUUCUGGAGUCUGGCCCUGUUCGCGCGGCUGCUGUCUCCGCUGUGGCGCAAUUUGGAGCUCAAAGACCAGAGCUCUUGCCGAAUAUCAGCGUCUUGCUUGCUCGGUGCCAACUUGAUGAGGAAGAUGAAGUCAGGGACAGAGCGAUUUACUACAGCGCGAUUCUAGAUACUGGAGACCAACAGUUGAUUAACGACUACAUCGUCAACGUCCCUAAACCGAACCCAGUUUUGUUAGAAAAGGCUUUGAGAGACCAUCUAGCGACGACGCCAGAUGAACCCUUCAACUUAUUAUCAGUACCGGCUGAAGAAGAGGCCAAGGAAAGUAAGGAACCAAUCGUUGAAAUUGAGAUUCGGAAACCUAUCCAGAUGUCCAUUGAGGAAAUAUACGGUGAACAGCUGGCAAAGAUACCAGGGAUCGAAAGACUGGGAGCUCUAUUCAAGACAAAUUUGCCGAUCGAUUUAACCGAAGCAGAGACUGAGUACAGGGUGCGUUUAAUCAAGCACAUUUACGCAAGACAUGUGAUCUUUCAGUUUGAAUGUGUUAACACCCUUAGCGAUCAACUGCUAGAACAUGUUUCCGUGAAACUGGAAGUACCUGGAGAAUAUGAGGUUAAGACCGUAGUGCCAUGCGAAAAAUUGGCCUAUGACAAACCUGGAAGCGUCUUCCUCGUUGUGGAGUACCCUUGCGUCUUCCUCGACAGUCUUGCAACCUUCGGGGCUACUUUAGAGUUCUUGGUACGCGAUUGUGACCCCACCACGGGUAUACCAGACCCAGGCGAAGGGUAUUCAGACUCCUAUCCUUUGGAGGAGUUCGAAAUGACUUGUGCUGAUCAGAUCCGAGCGAGGGCAGGGUCUGAUGAUUGGGAACAGACUUGGGAAAGGGUUGCGAAUGCCCCUGAGGCUAGUGAGACGUUUGUGCUGUCUCAGAAUGAUGUUACUGAGGCUGCUAAAGCGGUUUGUGAGCAUCUAGGGUUGCCUAAAGCUGCCAUUGUGGGAGAUGCUGUGAAAGAAAUUCGGGGAGGUGGAAUUUUCAGGGGCGGAGCGCCUGUACUGGUUAGGGCUCGUCUGGCGGCCGCUGGCAACGCCGUUACCAUGAAAUUAGUCUCCAGAUCCCCUCGAGAAGAUAUCGCCCAACUUCUCCUAGCUGCUAUUGAAGCCCGCGUGAAAGCCUACAGCAAAAACAUAGCUACUAGUAACCUGCUUCGUCACUUAAAGGACGAACACAACUUGGAAGAGGUCCAGCAAAAAUUAAAGGCCUUACCUAUCAAGGACUUUUUCUCUGUUCAAAUAAGAUCGACGCCUGUGACAAAGAGCAGUGAAACCAGUGGAAGAAAAGAUAAGUGGAUUCUCUCACGGGAUUUAGCACUUUGGUUUGCCAGAUCAUUAUUACCCUUUGAUAGCAUUAAUGAUGAAGCUAUGAGAGAUUUUUUCAAAAAAUACAACGUUGUAGUAGGAGACGAAGACAUUCCCUCGCGACAAAACAUUGCUCGUGAAGGCCUCGAAGACGUUUAUAAAAGUAUGUUAGUCCACGUGAAAACAGUUAUACAAAAAAAUAGCGUAAAAUUCGGCGCAUUGACUACUGAUUUGUGGACUGACCAAUACAGACGUCGUAAUUAUAUAACUGGUACAUUCCAUUUUAUAUCUGAAGAAAUGAAGGUCUUAAAAUUUACGCUGGCCACGAAGCAAGUAACUGAAAAGCACACUGGUGAAAGAAUCAAAGACGAAAUUCAUGAUAUGCUGUCUACUUUUGAGAUUCCUGAAAAAGAUAUUGUGUUGGUGACGGACUCUGGCAGUAACAUGAAAAGAGCUGCAAAAUUAAUGAACAUACAGAGCCAUCUUUGCCUUGGACACGCCUUACAUAACCUCGUUACUGUUGAUGGAAUUGAGAGUACUCACCAAGUUUAUUCCCUAAUUACCAAGUGUAAGAAAAUAGUGAAACAUAUCCGAUACAGGGCUCCGCAACUGGAAGCCGCUGCCAAUGACGAACAGCGCGAACUCUUAUCUUCGUUGGAAACAGUCGGUGAGCAGUUAGAAGACCUGGACGAGGAAGGCGAAGUCGUCCCAGAUAAUUUGGAAUAUAAUAGCUCUCUACCCUCAACUUCGACCAAUCCUGGGACGGGUGCUCCUCCUACUAUCAAGACGAGUACGCCAACUAGAUGGCAUAGCAUUCUUAUGAUGCUUUCAAGCAUAAGUCAUAGGGCUAAUCGCCGACCUAUUCGGGACAUGUUAAUUGACAUAGGUCGCAGUGCUUUUUUGCUUGAUGAGAAUGAGUACAAUUUGAUUACUUCCCUGACAACUUUUUUAGUAAAGUUUAAAACAAUAGUGGAAAUGAUGAGUUCAGAUUCGCAAACUACGAUCAAUUUAGCGUUGGUUUUCAAGUCAGAAAUAAGGAGAAUACUAGAUGAAUGUGAUGACAAUGAGCCGGCACUGAUAACAAUGUUAAAAAGUAACAUGUCCCUUAAAUUAGAUUACCGCUUUCCUUGCACAGACCUGAUUAUAGCUGCCACGUUAUUAGAUUGCAGAUUCCAAUCUAUCAAAGAUAUUGACGUUUACAUGGAACAACACCAAACCACCAAGGUUACAUUUUUAUCUACUUAUGCAAAAACUACUUUGAAAAAUGGAGAUAUUGUCCAGGAGCAUAUAAUACAAGAUGCAACUCCUGGACCCAGUACUUCGAAACCAUCUUCAUCUUUCUUCAUGAACCUAGCAAAAAGACACAGCACUUCUGUCAACUCUGCUGACAUAGACAGCAUAAUCGAAACCGAGUGCUGGAAAUAUUUUAGCACAGCUACGCCCGCAGAUCUUCAGGCCUAUAAAGAUAACGUACUUGAAUAUUGGCAGGAACGAAAGAAAUCAUUUCCGUGGUUGUCAAGUUUGGCGCGUGCAGUACUAUUCGUCCCAGCGACAAGUACCCCAAGCGAAAGAGUAUUUUCCGUCGCUGGACAAUUGAUAACCGCUAAAAGAUCCCGACUAAAUCCUUUGAGAGUAAAUCGUAUUAUAUUCAUUCAUGAUAAUUACACCCAGUGCAAAGCUGAUAUUUAG